CAGAGAGCUCUCUAUUUUAUGGAUUUGGAUACGUGAUGACAGUAUCCACCUGUGCACCUUGAAGACAUCAUCAGCUUCUUCAAAUCUUUUUCACUUGGCAGCAAGCGUCGCCGUAUCUGCGAUUUUGCAAUGUGACAGCUUGCCAUCAUCUCGGUAUUCAUAGCCAUCAAAAUGGAAGUGAUGCUGGUGAAGAAGCAAUCGAUCCAUUAUCUCUGGGAGAAUCGCCUAGCGUUUGAAGUCGGGAAUUGGUCAGAAGAAUUCGGAAGGAGCGGCCACUUAAUGCUCGCCGACUUGGUUUCUAGUAAUGUGCUGUGGGGCGCCGGGCUACUAAAGCGACUCAAAGGCUCUUUUCGUCGUCCCAGCUGGUGCUUAAUGCGACAUGCCUUUCGUUUCCGCGGAAGAUCUUGGUUCAGUCAAACCUGACUACAUCAUCGUUGGAGGAGGAACCGUAGGUUUGGUCCUUGCGGCGCGUUUGACGGAGGAUCCGAGUGUCACUGUGCUUGUCAUCGAAGCUGGUAGCUACCACGGAUCUGUCCCUGAAAUCGACGUUCCUGGACUGCUGGGUAGAACAAUCGCCAACCCCAAGUAUGACUGGACGUUUUUCUCUGUGCCGCAAAAGCACCUUAACGAUCGAGUAGUCCUGCAGCCUCGUGGGAAGGGUCUUGGUGGAUCAUCUCUGAUCCACUUUAAUACGGAUACCCGACCUUCGAAGGCGGAACUUGACGCGUUGCAGGAAUUGGGCAACGAAGGGUGGAAUUGGGAAUCUUUCCUUCACUACGUAAAGAAGAGUGAGACGGUCUACCCUCCGUCGGGGAUCACAGCCGAACAAGCUAAGGUUUACGCUGCAACUCUCGAACCUGAGUUUCACGGUACUAAUGGUCCCAUUUACAAAUCAAUGCGCACAGUAUGGACCGACGCCCAUGCGAAGGUGUUUGAUGCAGCGGAAGCUCUUGGCAUACCACGAAACCCAGAACCCGGCAAUGGCGUUAACACUGGCGCCAUGACCGCAUUCUCCUCUGUGGAUCCUCGCACUGCCACCCGUUCCUCUGCGGCAACGGCAUAUUUAAAACCAAAUCUGGGACGAAACAACUUUCUCGUCCUUGCCGAUACGCAAGUUACGAAGGUAUUGCUCAGUUGGGACGGCUCCCUUCAGAAGGCUAUCGGUGUUGAAAUCAUUAAGAACGGAGUUACGUCCAGAAUCGAAGGAGUGAAAAAGGACGUCAUCAUCUCGUGCGGCUCUUUACAAACACCGCAAAUUCUGGAGCUUUCAGGAAUUGGGAAUCCCGAAAUCCUUUCUCAGCACAACAUCCCGUGUGCCAUUGAUCUGCCAGGUGUUGGCGAGAACUUGCAGGAUCAUGUUUCUGUUUACACAAUCGCUGAGAUCGAACAUACAGACGAAACGUUCGAUAUACUAGGUGAACCCACGCUUCUUAAGGAACAGGAAGAGCUCUACAAGCAGCAACGAGGUCAUUUGUCAUAUGGACCAGCACCGGCUUACAUUUUUGUCCCUGCGAAGAAGCUUGGAGCAAUAGAUAAAAUUAUUUCUUGGGAGAACCAUGCUCACGCCAAACUCACCGAGAGUCUCGCAAGAGUCGUUCCGUCUUUGAAGGCGGGUCUAGAGAAGCAAUACAAGAUCCAGGAGAAGUUUAUAGUCGAUGAAAACCAAGCACAGGCCGAACUUUUGCAGUUCAUUGGCCACCCCAUGCUACCGUAUGCCAUAGCAACUCCAGGAAAACGAUAUACUGCCCUCGUUGGGGCAUUGAUGCACCCGUUGUCUCGCGGCGCCGUCCAUAUUACAUCUUCGGAUCCGCUAGCUGCACCGGCUAUCGAUCCGAAUUACCUCGCAAAUGAAGUCGACCUCGAUAUGAUUGUUCAUAUCGUUCGGUUCUUAGAGCGCAUGUACAAGACACCUCCGCUAGCCAACAUUGUGAAAGAACAGGUCUUACCUGCUCCUAAUGUUUUGAAGGAUGAGAACAAAUUACGGGAAUUUAUUAAAGAUACUUGCGGUCCUGUAUUCCAUCCCGUCGGUACUGCUGCUAUGCUACCCCGAGAAGACGGUGGCGUCGUGGACAAGGACUUGAAGGUUUACGGAACCAGCAACCUCCGCGUCAUUGAUAUGUCCAUUAUGCCUCUGGAACUUUCGUGCCACACGCAAACGGUUGCGUAUGCAAUUGGAGAAAAGGCUGCUGAUAUUUUAAAGGCUGACUUUUUUCGGAAGUAAGACAAGGGUCAUAUCCGAGAGGCAAUGCAACCUUAAAUCAAUUAUUCAAUUUUUCGCGAAAGCUUUGAAGAGUAAAUAGUGCUCUGUAUAGUUUGUAUUUCACGUGUACAGCAUAUGCAUCUAACUUUUUUAUAAUCCC